GGGGCCGUGUGGGCCGGGCAGCCAUUUUGGGAAGAGCUUUGUUAUGGUUGUGGGCUCUCCACCUCUGCGGGAUCAGGAAGCUGGGGACGCGCCCUCAGACGCUGCGUCUGGUCCCUAGCUGUAGCCCCACUGCAGUCCGAUCCAGAAGUUUAACUGAAAACACAAAGGCAUACAAUGGAAACCAAGAACAGAUAACUUCAGUGUUUGGGAAGGUGCUUCACUUUCAGUGAUAGAUUCCUGUGGCCUUUUAAAUGACUGAAUAAUGAUUGAAAUGGAUCCAAAAUAAUGACUACUCUACUAAAGCAGUAGAAGACUCUUCAUAUCACCUUCCAGCUCAAUUCAGUCUUCAGGAAGAGGCAGAACAAGUGAAAUAGAGAAAACUGAAGAGAAGAAAACCUCACUUUGGAACUGUUUUACUCCUUGACUACUCCUUAACUUCUUUCUUUCUACUUGUUUUAAUUUUGCUGUGAAUUUAAAUAGUAAAGACCAAAGAAAUAGAAGAUAACAUUUGGGAGCUUUAUAUAACCCAAAAAAUUUGCCUUGAAAGCUGCUAUUCUUUGGAGGAAAACAUAUUAAGUUCCUGUCUGAUUAAAAACAAGAUUUCAUGUCCUUAGAUUUUGAAGAAUAAAACAGACAUAAAUACAUAUCUGCACACUUUCUAGCAGCUCUGUAGGAAUAAUGAGAUUUGUAAAUUAAGGGCUUUGUUAUGUGGAUAUUUUGUCACUGGAAUUGACUGCUCAGAAGAUCUUUUAUAGCUCUUUAAUUUUAUAUUCUUGAUCUGUUGCUUUGAUGGCAUUAUUUGCCCACACAGGAGUUCACCUGUGUUUCCAGCUAUGACCUGGUUAUAAACAGUGUUUGCACUCAAUGUGCAAAUGUCCAUGUAUUAUCUAUUUAAGCAACAUCAUAGUGCCAUCACUCAAGGAAGUUGAAUGAGGUGAACAUAGACAUAGCUCUUUCCCCUUCCCCCCAUUUUUUAAAUGUAACAAAUACUUUUUAUGUUCCCCUUCCCCUUCCCCUUUCCCCUUCCCCUUUUUGGAAACGUGUCAGGAACUAGAUAGUUUAAGAUGAGCAAUUGAGGGGACUUGAAAGAGUGAUACAUACAGAGCCUGGCUUCCUUGUGCUUUAUCACAAGGCGUGCUGCUGGCCAGCCUAUUUAAGCACCCUUUUAACAAGAGAACCUCGUGGGAAAUCCAGCUGGCAGACUCAAGGAGUUCGGGAAACAGGACCACAGAGGUUACACUCUGGGAUCCUGGCCAUGAGGUUGGAUGCCUCACCUUGCUGAAAAGAGACACUGGACCUAAAUGGCGCAGCAUGACUUUGUUCCUGCUUGGCUAAAUUUCUCAACACCACAGUCAGCUAAGUCACCUACAGCCACGUUCGAAAAACACGGAGAGCACCUACCCCGAGGAGAUCGUAGAUUUGGAGUAAGCCGUCGUCGACAUAAUUCCUCUGAUGGCUUUUUUAACAAUGGACCUCUUCGAACUACAGGAGAUUCCUGGCACCAGCCCUCCCUGUUCCGCCACGAUUCUGUGGACUCUGGUGUCUCUAAGGGAGCGUAUGCUGGAAUCACAGGGAACCUGUCUGGUUGGCAUGGCUCUUUCCGAGGUCAUGAUGGCAUGAGCCAGCGUAGUGGGGGUGGCACAGGGAACCAUCGCCACUGGAAUGGCAGCUUCCACUCCCGGAAAGGCUGUACCUUUCAAGAAAAGCCACCUACGGAGAUUAGGGAAGAAAAGAAAGAAGACAAGGUGGAAAAAUUACAGUUUGAGGAGGAAGACUUUCCUUCUUUGAAUCCAGAAGCUGGCAAACAGAAUCAACCAUGCAGACCUAUUGGGACCCCUUCUGGAGUGUGGGAAAACCCACCUAGUGCCAAGCAACCCUCCAAAAUGCUAGUCAUCAAAAAAGUUUCCAAAGAAGAUCCUUCUGCUGCCUUCUCCGCUGCAUUCACCUCACCAGGAUCUCACCAUGCAAAUGGGAACAAAUCAUCAUCCAUGGUUCCAAGUGUCUAUAAGAACCUGGUUCCUAAGCCUGCGCCACCUCCUUCCAAGCCCAGUGCAUGGAAAGCUAACAGAAUGGAACACAAAUCAGGAUCCCUUUCCUCUAGCCGGGAAUCUGCUUUUACCAGUCCAAUCUCUGUUACCAAACCAGUAGUACUGGCUGGUGGCGCAGUUUUAAGCUCUCCUAAAGAGAGUCCGUCCAGCACUACUCCUCCAAUUGAGAUCAGCUCCUCUCGCCUGACCAAGCUGACCCGCCGAACUACCGACAGGAAGAGUGAGUUCUUGAAGACUCUAAAGGAUGACCGGAAUGGAGACUUUUCAGAGAACAGAGACUGUGACAAGCUGGAGGACUUGGAGGACAACAGCACCCCUGAACCAAAGGAAAACGGAGAGGAGGGCUGUCAUCAGAACGGCCUUAGUCUCCCUAUAGAGGAGGAAGGGGAGGUCCUUUCACACUCCCUGGAAGCAGAGCACAGGUUAUUGAAAGCAAUGGGAUGGCAGGAAUAUCCUGAAAAUGAUGAGAAUUGCCUCCCCCUCACAGAGGAUGAGCUCAGAGAGUUCCACAUGAAGACAGAGCAGCUGAGAAGAAAUGGCUUUGGGAAGAACGGCUUUUUGCAGAGCCGCGGUUCCAGCCUGUUCUCCCCUUGGAGAAGCACUUGUAAAGCGGAGUUUGAGGACUCAGACACGGAAACCAGUAGCAGUGAAACAUCAGAUGACGAUGCCUGGAAGUAGGCGUAUAAAUGCUCACAGAUCUGACCCAGUAAACUCAGCUUGUGUGUUUAGGGAGUCUACAAAAGAAAUCGUUCUUUUCCUUUUCUUCUGUUGUUGAAUCCUUCAUGCACAAGGGAAAAUAAUCAUAUCCCAAAGAGAGAGCAGUUGGCUUGUUUAGCUUUUGUUGUUGUUGUUCCUCCCUGUUAUCUGCUUAAUAGAGAGAAGUUUGUGUGAUGGGAAAGAUUUUUUAAAUACACACACACACAGACACAGUAUCUAGGGGGCGACACACGGGUGGGAGCUGCCCGUGCAGAGAGGGGAGGCUGCUCAGCAGCACAGCUUCUGCUGCCAGCCCUUGGGGCGCUCACCCCCGUGCUCAAGCAAUCAUUGUCAAUGACAAAGUGACUAUUGAAGUUAUAAUUGUAUUAAAUUAAUGCUAAUAAUUUGGAUAUUUUAUUUUAUUUUUGGCUGCUCGGGUAACGUUAGCCCAUAACCAAGCAUACAUGGUUUUCUUUUUUUUCUUUCUUUUUUUUUUUUCCUUUUUUUUGGGUACAGCUGUAAAAUAUUUGGAUAUAGGAAAUGUGUUAUUCUUGCAGCCUUGAUAUUCAGGGUGGAUUGUAAAAUAUAAAUUUUUGUGAGAUUUCAAAGAUUAAGAUUAUUUUGAUAACAUUAUUUACAGAUUUAAAAGAUGUGGUUAUCACAAGUCUGUUGAGGGGGAAAACUACUGCAUAAAAUAACUAACUUGGAAUAAAUAUUUUGCAUCAGUUUCGAUCGUCUUGUGUAAGAAGUAUAUUUCCUUUAAAACUAGAUGAGUGGAUUCUUUGAGGGAAAUACUUUUAGAAGUCAGGGAAAUCUGAAUUAGACACAGCUGUUUCUCCUUUUAGCAGAUACUUUUUUGAUGCAGAAAAACUUGUGCAGUAAAUUAUCAGUAAUAAAAUCAGAAA